AUGUUCCCGUCGGCAGUGGGCUCCAGGGCCGCGUCGCUGCACUGGACGGGGGAACGAGCCCUGAGCGUACUGCUGCUGGGCAUGGUGCCGGCCGCGUACAUGUACCCCGGGCCUGUCCUGGACUACUCCAUGGCAGCCGCGCUCACCCUGCACGGCCACUGGGGACUGGGUCAGGUAGUGACGGAUUACGUCCACGGAGACCUCAAUAUCAAGCUGGCUAACGCAGGCCUUUUUGCUGUAUCAGCAGUCACCUUCGCCGGCCUGUCCUACUUCAACUACCAGGACGUGGGAAUCUGCAAGGCUGUGGCCUUGCUGUGGGGCUUGUAGCGCCUAGGCUGAGAGCAGUGGGGUCGGACAUGUUGUCAGGCUUCAGCUCUUUAUUCUUUUAAGGGUAUCAUUGUAAAUUCCAUACAUUAUUAUUGCAAUUGAUUUUGAUUCCAGAUCCUUUUUUAUGUUAAUGUUUAAAUUAAUGCAGUUGCACAUUUGUUUCUGGCAGUGGCUA